CUUAGGGGAAAGAAAGAAAAGACGCCUGCAUGGGCGCACGAAGAGGGGGAGUUUAAUACACUCACUCAUAUUGGCUUGGGCUCAGGUGUGCUAAAGUAAUGAACUUUUAUUCUUUAAGUAGAAGUUAGGUCUGUGAUUUGCAAGUUUUAUAAGGGUGGACAUAAAACCCAGGAUCAGCCAUCCGUAAAAUCUGGUAACAUCAUGUUUUGGAGAAUGUGGCUCUACUGUGUUUCUGUGCUGGUGUGCGCAGUGGUGGUGAGCGCCCAGUUCCCCAGAGAGUGCGCAACCCCGGAGGGCCUCAGAAGCGGACAGUGCUGCCCGGCGCCCCCCGCACUCCCCGGGGACCCCUGCGGCUUCGUCGCGGGCCGCGGACAGUGCGUGUCCAUCACGGCGGAUGUGCGGCCGCACGGACCUCAGUAUCCCCACGACGGUCGGGACGAUCGGGAACGGUGGCCCGUCCGCUUCUUCAACCGCACCUGCCAGUGCAACGGGAACUUCAGCGGAUAUAACUGUGCCCGCUGCAGACACGGAUGGUCUGGGGCCAACUGUGAUCAAAGGGUUUCUGUUGUGAGGAGAAACGUGAUGCAGCUCAGCACUGACGAAAAGCGUGCCUUUGUAAAUGCACUGGAACAGGCCAAGCGCAUCACGCACCCCGACCUGGUGAUCGCGACACGCCACUACUCGGACAUCUUUGGCCCUGAUGGGAACACCGUGGAGUUUGAAAAUAUCACAAUCUACAACUACUUCGUCUGGUCUCAUUACUACUCUGUCAGCAAGACAUUCCUGGGCGCUGGGCAGGCCAGCUUUGGCGGGGUGGACUUCUCACACGAAGGGCCCGGGUUCCUCACUUGGCACAGGUACCAUCUGCUGCAGCUCGAGCAAGAUAUGCAGGACAUGCUGCAGGAUCCCUCCUUCGCCCUGCCCUACUGGAACUUUGCCAUCGGUGGGAACACAUGUGACAUCUGCACAGACGACCUGAUGGGAGCCAGGAGCAGCUUUGACAUGAAUUCCUUGAGCCCUAACUCUGUCUUCUCGCAGUGGAGGGUCGUCUGCGAGAGCGUUGAGGACUAUGACACGCUGGGGACCAUCUGCAACAGCACAGAGACCUCUCCCAUCAGGAGAAACCCAGCAGGAAACGUCAACAGGCCCAUGGUCCAGCGUCUCCCAGAACCCCAGGAUGUGGCUGACUGCCUACAAGUUAACACUUUCGACACACCACCUUUCUACUCCACUUCCUCUGAGAGCUUCAGAAACACAGUCGAAGGCUACAGCGCCCCCCAGGGGAACUACGACCCCAUAGUGAGGAGCCUCCACAACCUUGCUCACUUGUUUCUGAAUGGAACGGGAGGACAGACGCACCUGUCACCCAACGACCCCAUCUUCGUCCUGCUACACACCUUUACUGACGCUAUAUUCGAUGAAUGGCUCAGGAGACACGGUUCAGAUUUAGCUGUGUAUCCUGAAGAAAAUGCCCCCAUUGGUCACAACAGGGGAUACAACAUGGUACCUUUCUGGCCUCCUGUGACAAAUGCUGAGAUGUUUGUGACUGCCCCUGGAAAUCUGGGUUACUCUUAUGAAGCUGAGUGGCCAGGCACACCUUUCACUAUGACCGAAAUAAUAACCAUAGCCUUAGUGGCCGCCCUCGUGAUGGUGGCGCUCAUCUUUGCAGCCACCACGUGUGCUGUGCGUGCCCGCUCCCACAAGAUGGAGGGCCACCAGCCUCUGCUCGGGGAUCAGUACCAGCGCUACGACGAUGACAAAGGCCAAUCUGUAGUCUGAUAUCACCGCUCCAACACGUGCCUUUUCUCCUGAUUUGUCCAGCAACAAAGCAAUGUUGUUCUCUGUUCUCCAUUAAAAAGAGGAAUUGUAUCAGAUGUAAAGAAUAUUAAAGUAAUCCUUUGUCUUUUA